AUGGAAGAUACAUAUAAAUUAGAAAGAAAUGAUCAUCAACAGGAUGAUGAGAGAUUCCAAGCUGAGCAUGAAGAUGACUACGAACAGUGGGAUGAAGAAGAAGAUGAAGAUUUCGAAAUAGAUUGGACCCGAUCUAGUGAUUUGACCAAAAAGCUUAACACUUCCACUAAUUUUAAGCCAAAGCAAAAAUCGUACGGAAAAUAUGCAAAUCGAAUUUGUUUAGAUAAACUUGAUGUCACUUUAUCUAAGGAAGCCGCAAAUUUGGUUCUAGAAACAGAAAAGAGAAAUUCGUCUUCUCGACUGCGUGAGAAAGAUAAGGCUGAUCGAGCUACUGUUGAACAGGUACUCGAUCCGAGGACAAGAAUGAUCCUUUUUAAACUACUUGACCGAAAUAUCAUAAGCAGCAUAAACGGUUGUGUUAGUACAGGGAAGGAGGCUAACGUUUAUCACGCAUCUGUUAAUAAUGGAGAAGAAAGAGCAAUAAAGAUCUAUAAAACCUCAAUAUUAGUCUUUAAGGAUCGCGAUAAAUAUGUUAGCGGAGAAUUUAGACUGUAUACUGCUGAGAUUCCUUGUCCAAAACCACUAUUACUCAAGAGCCAUGUUUUACUUAUGGAGUUUAUAGGAACUAAUGGAUGGGCAUCUCCAAGGUUAAAAGAUGUGCAAAUAUCAGAAAGCAAAGCUAGGGAGUUAUACAUGCAGUGUAUUAAUAUUAUGAGACGAAUGUACUGGAAAUGUAAAUUGGUUCAUGCUGAUUUAAGUGAAUUUAAUAUUUUAUACCAUAAAGGUAGCUUAAUCAUAAUUGAUGUAUCACAGUCAGUGGAACAUGAUCAUCCGCACGCUUUGGAAUUUUUAAGAAAGGACUGUUCGAAUAUAACUGAUUAUUUUCGAAAAAGACAAGUUUGUACAAUGACUGUUAAAGAGCUUUUUGAUUUCAUCACUGAUCCUAAUAUCACGGAUGAUAAUAUUGAUGACUAUCUUGAAAAGGCUCAAGAAAUUGCAGCUGCCCGUGGAUUUAGUGAAGCUCAUCCGGAAGACGCAGUAAAUGAGGAAGUGUUUAUGCGUACCUUUAUUCCCAAUAGAUUAGAUGAAGUAGCGGACUUUGAAUCUGAUAUUAUGAAAGUACAAUCUGGGGACACCGAGGAUAUUCACUACCAAACCAUCACAGGUUUAAGAAAAGAUCUUAGUGGUCCAUCGCAGGAACCAUCAAUCCUUACAGAACAAGCAAUCGAAGAUGAUUCGGAAGAUAGUUCAAGUACAGAAUCUUCGGAUGAUAGUGAUACUGAAACAGUCAGAUCCGCGAAAGAAGAAAAAGGUCCAAAAUGUAAAAGGAACGAAGAUAAAGAUAGCAAAAGGGAACGAAAGAAAUUAGCGAAGGAAGCCCAGAGAGAGAAAAGAAAAAACAAAACUCCGAAACACGUUAAGAAAAGGAAAGAAAAGGUUGCUAGAAUGAAGAAAGGAAAAUAA